GAUGUAUGUUUGGAGAUCUAAUUUAAUUUAAAUAUUAAUGUUCCCCAACUGGCUGGGCCUUGGUGACACUAGUGGAGGAACUGCUGCAGGAGGAGGAUAUUGUGCCUGUGGGACGUCUUAUUUUCUUUGAUUUUUCUACACGAUGGCUGCUCAGGUGCAUGAAUUUACUUUGGAGAUGACUUGUGAAGGGUGUUCUGGAGCUGCACAGCGUGUGCUUGGAAAGCUUGGAGAUAAGGUUUCAAAAGUGGAUAUUGAUCUACCAACAAAGAAGGUAGUAGUUACAAGUGUGUUGUCUGCAGAGGAAUUGACCGAAACCUUAAAGAAAACUGGCAAAGAAGUAACAUACAUUGGGUCAAAAAAGGCUUGAGAGCUAUUUUUCUUUUAUCUUGGUACAGUUUUCUCUGAUUAACUUAUCACAUAAAUUAAUCUUGGAUGAACAUUACAAGUAUUCUAUAUCUGAAUGAAUUUAAGUUGUUAUUAAAGCUUCAUGUAUGUAUUAAUAAUAUAAUCCUUUUCUCCUUGUUGCUAUGAAACAUUAACUCAGUGUAGAGUCUAGAAUGUGAGUUCUUAUUUUGCUCUGCAGCUAAUAUAUACAGAAGAUGGCAGCUGGGACAGAUCGUGAUAUACAUGAAUGUCUGAGUCAUGAAAAUAUUUAUCUUUUGCACUUGAGAGCAAAGGUCAGUCAGGAUGCUUUUUCGGAUUUUGGAAUCUUGGUUAAGGGGAUAGAUAGUUUUAGGUGCAAUAAACUUAAAAUUAUCUUGCAAACUGUAUGCAGGCAACUCCAUGUGCUUAUUUUUGAGAAAUAGAAAAGAGCAAUGUUGUAUUUAGACACUGUAGUUAAUAUUUAAAAUUUUCAGGUUAUUGUAAGUUAAUGAAGCUUGUAGAAUUGCUUAAAAUUUAAUAUUGAUGUAAUGUGAAGAUUUAGUUUACAUUUGAAAUUGAGACAGAUCUGAAAUAUUUAUAAACACUGCAAGUUUAAAAGUAUGUGACAGAUGUAAUAACACCUUAAUCAUAAGACAUAGAAUGAAACAUACUGGUAGCUAUUUUAUUCAAAAAUAAACAUAACUUUGCAUGUUUUUAUAGGAAAUUGCAUUUUUGAACAUAGAUGGUAAUUGUAUUGAUGUUUAGAUACUUUGUUAAUAUGUUUUUGUUUGUACCUAUUGUUAAGGGAUAAAACUGGUUUGGGACCAUUAAGUUGACUUUUUUUUAUUGAAUAUGUUACGAAAUGUUUGUGUUCAUAAUUAUAUAUGGUACAUGUAUUAGUCAAAAUAGUUUUUAUUUUAUCAGAAAAGUACUGUAGUCAUGGUGAACUGCUUUGUAUAUUACAAAUUAAAGAAAUUGAUACAUCAUUUGAUAUGCGUUAUAAAUUUACCCAAGUACAUUUUAUAUUAACUUGUUGAAAGUUUCCAUUAUUCACUAUUUCAUGGUGGGUUUAGCUCUUGUUUUGAUUGUAAUAAUCAUAAUUUCAUGACCAAAUUAUAUAGGUAACAUUAUGUGAACUUAUAAAAGGGUAAAAUUACCAGAAUUAGCAUUUUUUUGUUCUAUAGUAUGACAGUUUAGAAUAUGAAUUUCUAUUUAUUCCCCUAUUUUAAUUUAUCAUUUCAAAUAUAUUGUGCCUUGCACUGCUUUGUAUUCCUUGAAUACAGUUUUGAUUAUAAGAGUACAGUCUAUAUUUACCAAUAUAUAAUUCAAUAAACAUAAACACUG